GAGAUAUUGUAGAAAGCGGAGAGAAAGGAUUCACAUUUCUUUUAUUAUUUACUUAGUAUAAUUUAAAUCAAUUAUGGCUCAGACUGCAUUCAUCUGUUUUCUCUACAUUUUUGCAUGGCUGUUUGCAAUGGCUUCAUUUUUAUUACCAUACUGGAUAUCAGGGGAGAUUGAUGCUGGGGUGAGAAAUGUCACAGUUGUGAAAGAGGUCGACAGUGGACUGUUGUGGAAACGACAGACCUACUACAUGAAGGCGGACUCCAUUCCAGACUCCGAUGACUCGUUUGAGGACAUUUCCGGCACUAACUUUCAUACGGAAGCUGUAAAAAUAGUACUGUGGCUUAUGGUUACGGGUCUUACGUUGCUGUCAUUUAGUCUGGUGUCCUCGGUAUGCGUAUGGUGUUGUUCUAACAAAGAAAAAGGCGGCAAAGGUCCAGCAAAAUUACGCAUAAUUAUAGCAGUCAUCAUGAUUUUUGCAGGCGGUUUUAUUUUAAGCGGACCAAUCAUAUAUUACAAGCACGUUACAGGGGACUACGGCGUUAAAAAGGAACAUAUUGGUUUGAGCUGUUGGCUUGCUCUGACGUCAGCUGUGAUAACUUUCCUAACAGGUGUUCUGACAUUUAUCAAAGGUUGUCGUUCUCUACGGGAUGACCAUCUUUAAUAAAUAUGUCCUCAAGUUUGGCCUAAAAUACACGCGAUCAAUCACUGAAACUUUCACAAAAGAUGAAAAGUGUAGUAACAGAAGUGAACCAGCUAACGUUUUAACAUAAUGAAAGACAUCACCAUGCAAUAGACAGUUUUAUUAAAAUGUUGCUACGCCUUAGAGAAGGGAGAAAAUGAAAGUAUAUAAGUUUUGGAGUAGACUGCUACAGAUGCAAUAUUGGAGUGUUUGUUUGGUGGGUUUGAAACCGUUUCCCUGAAAUAAAACAGUUAUUUAAACAAACGGUCAUUUAUCCUAACCAGUGUUCAUGGAUUCUACACCGGUACCACUUUGUUCUCCGCAAGUUACUGUCAACUUCCCCACAUGUAUCAGGCGUGGAGGAUGAAUGGUUUUAGGGUGCUACAUUUGUAAUUGGAAAAUUUGCGCAUUUAUGUUGUCAGACUUUCCCCCUAAAAUAAUUAGUGUUUUAGCACGAUUAGUGUUUAUUGUUUGUUGAUGUGUCUUGAUUAGAAUAUUUAUUUUUUUUUUUAAAUUAUAAAUUAUGAUAAUUUGAAUUGAAUCUAAUUCUUACACAGGGUUCUCUGUCAGAUCGCCAUGGAGAACAUACGCUACGCACGCGGAUCAAACUCUUGAGCCUUGGGCUUUACCUAUUGUUCUACCAAGGCGGAAAAAGUAUAUGUAGAUGCAAAAUGGUCUAUAUGAUAGAACGAUACCAUUUACGGCAUGUACCUAUGCAUUUUGUAAUAACUCAGUAUCUCAGUAAGAUUUUUUUAAACUCAAGAAGCGAUUAUUGCACGUGAGCUCGAGUACCAGUCAACAGUGUACCCCCAUACGUGACCAGUGCUCGGUUAAAGUAUAAAACUGAGUUUGAAGAUCAGGCCCGGAAAGACAUUCGGAAUGACAUUGGUCAUUUCCAAUUUGUACUCAGAAAGAACCAAGCAGAAUUUGGAGAUUUUUGACUUUUGAUUAAAAGAAAACGGAAUUGAGAGUACAAAAAUACUAAAGAUUCGAAUGGCUUAGUUUGAACUUCUACAAUACAUGAACCUGCAAUGUAUAAGGAUAUAGAUAUGUUUAAAACAUUUGAGCAGAUCUUAUAUUUAUGAGUUUUCUGCAUGUAAGGAGAACUGUAUUACUUUCUUGUUAUUGUAUCAAAUUACAUUUUCAUUCACAUGUAAUUCUUUUUGCAUAUAUUUAAAGAUAUGAUACAUUGACUUAUAAUUGUUCAAUUGUCUUUGUUUGGUUCUUACAAAUAAAUGACGUGUUUCAACAGUA